AUUACGCUGCCGUAACUGUUCUCCGGGCCUCGCUCCAGCUUCAGCUGAGAGGGGGGGUCCGCGAAAUGCCGAGGAAGAGGAGGAAUCCCGCCGCAUCUAGUCCGGCCCGACCGCCUGGACUGGGGUCUCCUACCAGGACUGGCUCCGCGGUAUCUGCUCCUGCCGCGGCUGAUCGGUCUCAGGCUCCAGUUCCUAGGUGGGCCUUGGGCUCCAAUUCAGUGACUGCCUGUCCUGCCGCUGGGGUAAACAAGGAGGAAUUGCUGAACAGAAUGACAGAGAUGUUCUCUCACCUGGAUCCGAGCGUGGUGUAUGUGGUGCUGUCCGAAUGUGACUUCAAAGCUGACGAUGCAAUGGACUCUUUGUUGGUACUGUCUGACGCAGCUGAAGGUGUAGCAUCUUCCAGCUUCUCUGGAUUUGACCAUGUGGCAGCUUCCCUGAGUGAUGAUCAAGUUAAUAGUAAGAGCAAAGUAGUCAUGAACGACCACAGAAGUAAUUUGCUUGUUGUUUCUACAAGUGCUAGAGAACCUGGAUUGCAUUUGUCUGAACAAUUGGACUCUUCAACUGAAAAUAAAUUGGAAAAUUCUUGCACAAACACCAAUGAUGAAACUGUUUCAGAACAAAGCACGACUUAUCAACAGUACCAGCCAUUUAUGAAUCGAUAUAAUUCUCCCAUCAGUCAGUUUUCUAGACUCUGUGUUAGUGAAGAGUUACCUCAGCUAAUUCAAUCAAAUUUGAACUCUACUUUCAAUUGUAUGCUAAAUCAACAGCAAACGAGAGAUAAUGCAACGUGUCACAGGCACUCACCAUUUGCCCUAAAUUCAAAAGAAUGUGAAGAAAGUUUAGGCCAUUGUUUUGAUUAUGGAAAUAAUGUUUUUGAGAAAAGACCAGAAGUUCAGUUAGAUUAUAACAAGUUGCUGUCAGAAGAUGUUGAAAGUUCCAGCAGCAAGAAGUCCUCUAAUGACCCUGGAAUUGCAUUUUCAAACAACGUAAGCACAAGUAGUGCAGAUAUUUGGGCAAAUGAAACUGAAAUCGACAGCUUGUCAGCAGCCAUUUCUGUGGACAUUGUCCCAAGCAAGUAUGGUGAUUCAGUGCUUUCUGGUCAAAAAUACGACUCACAUUCAAAUUCUUUACAUCAGCAAACUGGAUUAUCCCUAAAUAGUGGCAUUUCUGCUGAAUUAGGAGGAAAAUGUUCUGGUACAACUGGCAAUGAAAUACCGUGGUUCAGACCAAACACAAAUCCAUUGUCUGCAGAAAACUGCAAAUUAUUUGAAGAGACACAAGCAUAUAAAGAAACAAAUCCAACAAAUCCAAAAAGCAGCAUUCUCUCAACAAAACCAUUAGAAAAUAGAGGGAGUAAUUUGAACAAUAUACAACAAAACACAGCUUGUUUUCCUGAUUGGUUAGGGGAAAAUAUAAGUAGUGAAAAACCACCUAAUUUACUGAACAAUGUGGGAGCAGACUACCAUCAGUAUUCCAGUAGCAUGCUGUUUCCACAUGUUCCAAAUAUAUCUCCAAUCUCAUGGAACCCAUGGGCUCCUGAAUUCAAACCUGUGAAUUUGCCAAAGACUUUUGUCACCCCUGUGGCAAUGGCUCCUGCAAAACCAAAGUCUCAUGUUGUUUCACCAUGGAGACCUGUAAGAGCUGGUCCUGGUUCACCUCAUCAGUCAAUGAGAUUGGGUGCCAUCAACUCACAUUCAAAACCAUGGUUAAAUCUGUCUGGCAUUCAGCAGUUGCAAAGCGAGUAUUCGUUUCCAAAGCAUAUCAACAAGAAGAUAUUAGGAACAACUAAAAUGCUAAUUUUGAUGAGGGGACCACCUGGAUCUGGGAAAAGUACCCUAGCCAGAAUGCUUGUUCAACAGGAGCCUAAUGGAAUGAUUUUCAGCACAGACGAAUAUUUUUGUCGAAAUGGACGCUACCAGUUUGAUUCAAGUUUGAUUGGAAAGGCUCAUGAAUGGAAUCAAAAGAGAGCCAGGGAAGCCAUGGAAAAUGGUUACUCUCCUAUCAUAAUAGAUAACACAAAUACACAGGCGUGGGAGAUGAAACCUUACAUCGCUAUG